AUGGCAGAUAAAUCAGGCCAUUUGAGCCUUGGUAAAUCUCUCAGCAAGAUUAAAACUUCAAUUUCUAACCGAUUUAAGAAGCCGGAAUCCUCACCCAAUCCUAACCCUAAAACUUUUAAAAGAGCUUUUAAUAUUUUAGAGGAAGAAAUUCCAACUAAAUCAAACAACACUUUUAAUUGUUCUGUCAACAACAUCGAGCACCCAAGCGGGUCCUCACCAAUUUCACCAACUCUGGAAAAUCUGACUCUAAAGUCCAAUUAUGAUUCACAAAAUCUGUACACCAUGGAAAACUUGGAAAAAGACGAACUUGACCGGAUUUGCAGCGAAUACAAGGAUAAAUAUGGCACCGAUUUCCUCGAUGUCGGACUAAAAACUUAUAUCGAGGCUGUGAUAGAUACUAAAAACUUCCGUAACCGCUGUUACCAAAUUUUAUCUAAAAAAUUAAAUUAUUUAAAUAAAUAUAAUAAUAAAAUGGUUUCCUCAGUUAAUUGCAAUAAUUCUCAAUUCGACACUCCUGUUAAUUUAUUCCCAAAAGGCUCUUAUCAAAGUUCUGAACCUGAUUCCACCAAAGAUGGCUUCCAGUCACAUAUAGCUAGCAGCCACUUACACAAGAAUACACAACACAGUACUUAUUCUCGCCCCAAUUUAUACUCUAGAGACCAAUCUAACUCUCUAGAAAAACCUGAAUCAGUCACUCAAAGUGUUAAUCGUGUGGGUAACGUUGAUUCUGAGAAGUUUUAUGAGAAUUUACUAACUCCUCAGAAAGUGUACAAUAAUGACCUUAACAGCUUUAUAAACAAGUACAAUUACUUAAAUUCCAGCUCUAACAAAAAGCUUUUCAUUGGCAGUAACAGUGACAGUUUUGGAUUUGACGAUGAAAACUCUGAAAUGGAGACUGAUCACGCUAUUUUAAGUUAUAACCAGAAGCUUGAACUUCUGAAGCGGAUGGGCAUUGGAAACGACUACAUUGCAACUAAACUUUGUGAUAAAUUUGACAGUAACUUUAACAGUAAUGAGCUGAAGGAUAUCAAGGAAUUUAAUUUGUUCUAUAAACAAAAUUUAAAACAUCAGCUGGAUUUGAACCAACAACUUUCUUUAGAUUUUUUACAAUAA